ACUGUCAUUUUUUGCAGAUGUUGGCAGGAGUGAUGUAGUGAUCUGUGUCAUGGCGUCUCCUGAUAAAUACCUCCCCCUUCUACUGGCUGGUGGCAAGCGAUGUCCAGGUCGAAUGAUGCUCUGCCUGUGCCCCUCCUGGGUGAGCAGGCUCCCCUCCAAAACCCUACCAGGCCUGUUCUCCCUGUUUAUCCUGAAGGCUGUCACCUUUGAGGCUGGUGGCUACACUUACCUGGACACCUUCAGUUCUCCUUGUCGUGUCACCUACCUCCUAGAGGAUGGCUCAGUGGGCUCCUCUAUGGGGGAGGGGCUGGACUGCCCGACCUGUGGCUCUCCCCAACUCAACACCCUCACUGAGGAUGUUCUACUGAACUACCAGCUCCUGGGGGGGAAGGGGGUUCCUCUCCCUCCCAUGCUGGCCUUCGCCUAUCGCCCUUCUGUGGGGUUAGUCUCCCCACACCCUUCCCUCAUGUUCCAUUCUAUACAGGAAAAGGAGGAUCUGCAGGAAUCUAUGGAGAAGGUCAUAAAUGCCUUUCUGAAACAGCCAGAGGUACAAGGUUCUGACAAAGUGUUGUUGCAGCUCUCCAUCUCCGGUUGGGGCUCCCAAGAGAGCAGUGCUGUUUUGAAUCGAGAGGACAGGGAGGGGUUGCUGAGUGCUGCAGCUGCCUUGGUUCCACAGAUCAGAUCAGGGGAGUCGAUUCUGCUGACAGCCUGCUACCCAUCCAUUCAGCCUCUGCAGAAGUGUAGGGUGAGGAAGACACUAUUCAGAGAACCCACCGUGUUGAAGAAAAAGCUCUUCCUUCAUAUCAGUACUACAGUGUGUCGAACAGCAGCUGAUCAGCCUCAAGUGAUUCAGAUGCUGUGUAGGGUUGACAGAGGAGACACCCACCCGAGAGCUGACCCCAGCAAACUGCAGAACCUGGAGGAAACUUUAAGAGAUUGGGGCUUGUCUCAGCCUGAUGACAUCAUUUCCCUCCUUGAGAAGUGGGCAAAGACAGCCCUGCAGGCCAUUAUGGACCACGAGUCAGAGUUGGUGGACACAGAAAAAGGAGGACUUCAUGCAAGAACAGAUUUGAUAGGAGUUGAGUUUUCCUUGGGGGAAGUGGAUGGUGAACUGCAGCCUUUCCUUCUGGGGAUAAAGAAUGUUUCAAAGGGAGUGUUCAGCACUCCAAAGGGUCUUCUCCACCCUCAGCAGUCAAACUCAUCCCUCGAACCCCUGCUACAGACCAUAUGCCAGCGCUCACACUGCUCCAUCAUGGCUGGAAAAACUCUGCUGUUUAUUGGAGCUGGUGAAUCAAAAAAGCUUGGAGUCUUCGUUAACGCCAAGCAGUAUGGCAUUAAGAGUAUUCUUGUCUGCCAUCAAGACCCCCACCCUGCAUACAAGUAUGUAUCAGAAUACUUUGUGUACAACUACAUGGAUCACACACAAGAUGAAGUCCAUGCUGAGAAAAUUGUGGCCAUGCUGGAAAAGAAGGGUCUGCAAGCAGAUGGUUGUUUAACCUUCCUCUGCGGAAACACAAUUCUCUGUGCUUUGGUGAGGGCCAAACUGGGCCUGCCAGGGGAUACAGUGGAGGCCAUUUCCAUUGCCAAGAGGAAGAGCCACACCCAGAGGCAUCUGGCAACCAUUGAUCAGGGCUGGUGUCACCUACCUGCCCCUCGGCAGUAUGCCGUCCGUUCUGAGCACUUUGAGGACCUGGCUGGUCUGAAGAGCACUGCUGAAACCUUUGGGUUUCCUGCUGUGGUGAAGCAAGAGUAUGGAGAUUGUUCUAGUUCUGUAAAACUGGUGGAGAGUGCACAACAAUGUGAAGAAUAUGUCCAAGAAAUGAUGGCCCUUAAAGCCAUGGAUCCUAAUGGUGGCUUUGCAUCCAGUCCAAUGGUAAUGGAGUAUCUUGGCGGUGACAAGUAUGUGGUGGACCUGGCGAUCUUCCAGGGAAAGCUGCUCUUGGCCUUCCUGUCUCAGUGCGGUCCCUCUAUCUUACCGUACUUUAUCAGCUCCUCCCACCUCAUGCCCUCUGGCAUCAGCCAGGAGAAGGAGGCGCAGAUGGUGGCUGCUGCCUAUCAAAGCUGCCUACACUGUGGUCUAGAGAAUGGAGUCUACAAUGUUGACCUCAAGCUUACUGAGUGCGGGCCCAAACUCAUAGAAAUCAAUCCACGCACUGGGGGGAACUUCCUCCCUACUUGGAUAAAUGAGAUGUACGGUGUUGAUAUUUACAUAGUGGCCUUCAUGAUUGCCUGCAACAUGCAGCCUCAGGUUUGGACACCGAAGCCAAGAGGAUACUUUGUUGGCAUAUCUUGUCCAAUAAAACAGCACUACCGUGCCAAGGAGAAGACACCAGGAUUUGAGGUCAUUCUGAAGGGUUUGACAGACAAAGGUCUUGUGAAAUCCAGCAUGAUCACUGAUGUUGUGGAUGACACGGCACCUGUCGCCACACUUAGCAUUGCAAGCUUCAGUACAAGGAAAGAAGACGCCAUCAGCAAGAUCAUCUUGGCUUCCCAGAUGUUGAGCAUUGAUUCUGAGGAGUACCCUGUGAAGUACUUCCUGGAACCUUUCAUGUAG